GCUUCACAAGGCAGCGACCACCAUAUAUACUGCACUGCACUACUUCAGAGGACUAGCAAUUGAGUGCUCCAUGAUAGCCUGGAUCAGUUCUACAAAGUCGAGAAUUGUCCGACUCGUAUACAGCUGCGGCAAGCUGAACACAACAUCACCUCACCUCAACCGUCACCAUGGACAUGCCAGUCAAUGUACCGGUGGACGAUCCAAAUGCAGAUACGGAAUGGAACGACAUCCUGCGGAAGCAUGGUGUUAUACCAGAGAAGCCACCGUCGCCCACUCCAAUGAUACAAGAAGCGCUGGAGCAGGCUCGCCAGUUGGCACACGAGAAUAGGCUAGAGGGCAAGGACUUGGACGAGCUAGCAGCACUCGAAGACGAAGAGGACGAGGAUUUCCUGGAGGAAUACAGGAAAAAGCGAUUAGCAGAACUCUCCACCAUCGACACUGCCUCCGUAUACAACCAAGUCUACCACGUACAGAAGCCCGAUUACGCCAAAGACGUCACCGAAGCCUCCAAUGCAGCCUACGUGUUCGUCCUCCUCACAUCCUCACAAGGAACCAAUACCGAGUCGCGCGUCUUGAUCGAAAUAUGGCGCGACCUGGCGCGCAGAUUCGGUGACAUCAAGUUCUGCCAGAUUCGCGCCGAUUUGUGCGUAGAAGGAUACCCUGACAAAAACACGCCAACAGUGUUGGUCUACAAGGAUGGAGAUAUCAAACGGCAGCUUGUGACGCUGCGGGAGCUUCAGGGUCCACGUACAAAGGCACGAGAUGUCGAAAAAGUCCUUGUCGAAGUUGGCGCAGUAAGUCACGGCGACCACCGAAUACAGAAGCGGAACGAGCGCUCCGAAGACGCAGAAGCUAGCCACAAGACGAUAAAGCAGGGCAAGACUAGUACCACGCAAGACGACGACGACAGCGAUUGGGACUGAGCGAAUGAGACAUCCAACGCCAUUCAAGCCUCCUGCCUAGCCAUCAUUCCGCCCAGGCCGGGGCGUGUCCCGCAGCGGGGUACCAUAUU